AUGUCGCGCUCCUUCAUCAGCCCCUCGACACCUGGGGCCGGAUGGCGCAAGAGCGUGUCGAUGUCGCCGGUACCGGUGGCCCCUCCUCCGAUUGUGCUGACCGAGGCCAUGCUCAACGCGCUGCCCCCGAACGGCAUCGAGGACAUGAUCACUUUGGAACAGCUGUCCGAGGAAACGAUCCUUGCUAACCUCAAGCGCCGCUUCGACAGCAAGCUCAUCUACACCUACACGGGCUCAAUCUUGGUGUCAGUAAAUCCCUACGAGCAUCUGCCAAUCUACACGCACCAGCUGCUGAAGCAAUAUGCCGGCCAACGUAUGGGCGUGCUGCCGCCCCACAUCUUUGCUGUGGCGAACGCGGCCUACUCGGCCCUCGUCGCUGACAAGCGCAACCAGUCCGUCAUUAUAAGUGGAGAGUCGGGCGCGGGCAAAACAGAAGCGACCAAGCUUAUCAUGCAGUUCCUGGCGCAGCGGACGAACAAGCAGUCGUCGGUUGAGAGCAAGAUACUUGAGGCCAAUCCGGUGCUGGAGGCGUUCGGCAAUGCCGCCACCGUCCGCAACAACAACUCCUCACGCUUCGGACGAUACGUGGAGAUUCAGUUCGAUGAGCAUUGCUCUGGGAUCAAGGGAGCACGCAUCACCAAUUAUCUGCUGGAGAAGUCUCGCAUUGUCAAGCAGGCUCAGGGCGAGAGGAACUAUCACAUCUUCUACAUGUUUUCCGAGGGCUGCACUCCCGACAUGAAGAACUUGUAUGGGCUCAAGGACAUGUCUGAGUUCCACUAUCUGAACCAAAGCGGCGUGUACUAUAUUCCGAACGUGAACGAUAAGCAGGACUGGCAACGCAUGCUGACUGCCAUGGCCCUGCUCGGGAUCACGGAGGAGGAGCAAAGCGACAUCUUCGCCGUGUUGGCUGCUAUAUUGCACUUGGGCAACGUGACCUUCGGUACUAAUGAAAAGAACACGGCGGUAGUGCACGAUGAAGAAAGCUUACGGCUGGCGUCAAACCUCUUGCGGGUUGAUCACGACGAUCUGAAGGCAGCGCUGACCUCUCGCCUCAUCGACGUGGGCAAAGAGCGUAUGUUCAAGCCUUUGUUGCGAGAAGAGGCAACCGAUGCUCGCGACACCCUGGCCAAAUCCCUAUACGACCGCUUAUUCAACUGGCUGGUGGGCAAAAUCAACGCCUCGAUCUCGGCAGAGCCAGAAGAGCUGCCCGAGGGCAAGAAGCCGACAGAGCAUAGAUUCAUCGGCGUGUUGGACAUCUUUGGCUUUGAGAACUUUGCGUGGAACAGCUUGGAGCAGCUGUGCAUCAACUACACGAACGAGGCGCUUCAGCAACACUUCACCCAGCACAUCUUCAAGCUCGAGCAGAAGGAAUAUGAAUCGCAAGGGGUCAAGUGGGAAAGCAUUCCGUUCACCGACAACCAGAGCUGCCUUGACCUGAUAGAAGGGCUUCGUCCGCCAGGCGUGUUGGCUCUUUUGGAUGAAGAGUCGAGGUUUCCGAAAGGAACGGACGAAUCCUUCUUGAAGAAGAUAAACGAGGCUCACAACAAGCACAAGAACUAUGAGAUGCCGCGGCGUCGCGGAAACAACUUCAUCCUUAAACAUUACGCCGGAGACGUGAGUUACGAAGUAAGCGAGUUCUUGGAGAAGAACAGGGACUCGCUCAGUUUGAACAUGGCCGCCGCCAUGAAUACGUCCAAUCUUCGCCUCCUCAACGCGCUGUUCUCCGAAGAGGAAAAUGCGGCAACUGUGGCUCCUCCCAGCGCACGCUCAACCGGGGUUCUGGCGCAAUCGCUGGGUUCCAACUCUAACAGCACCAUGCGCGGAAAGUCCGCAUCAAGCAUCAUUUCGUCCUUUAGGGUUCAACUUCGCACGCUUAUGGAUACUCUGACUGCUACGGCUCCGCACUAUGUGCGCUGUCUGAAGCCCAAUGUGUUGAAACUGCCAGCAGUGUUCGAUAGCGAUCUCGUGCUGAACCAGCUGCGCUAUGCAGGAAUGAUGGAGACCAUCAAGAUCAGGAAGGCGGGGUUUCCUGUUCGGUUGACCUUUGACGUCUUCUGGCGCAACUACAAGUGCCUCGCACCACAGACGCGCGAUCUUGUGCUGGAACGAGAAAACCUCGAGAUGGUGAAAUCAGGGCUCAAGAUAUUGCUCGACGCCCUGAAGGGACAGGGGCUAACCAGCCCCGACGAUUUCCAGGUGGGCAAAACGAAGCUAUUUAUGAGAGACAAGCAGUCCGCCAAAUUGGAAGAGCGAAGGCUGAUUAUGCUCAAGGACCAUGUGAUCACGCUACAAAAGCAUUGGCGGGGAUACACGGAGCGCAAGAAGUAUCGCAAAGCCCGUAAGGCUGCCGUUCUCAUCCAGUCGACGGUGCGAAUGGCUGCGGCCAGGCGGCGCCUCAAGCGGUCGUUGUGCUUGGUCAGGUUCAUGCAGAAUCGUAUGCGAUGUUGCAUCGUGCGCAAGCGGUAUCUCAAAAAGCGAAGGGCGGCGAUCUCGAUUCAGGCAAAGAGGCGACAAGCCGCGGCGCGUGAGCGCAAGACACGCGAUAGGGCGGACACGGCUGCCGCCGAGCGUGACCGGCAGAAAAACGAGGAGCAGAAGAAGGAGCAGCACCAGAAAAACAAAAAGAAGAAAGACGACGCGGCGGAGGAUCUCAAGCAGGAGGUCAACAUGAAGCUUCAAAACCAGCAGCUCGAGGAGCUCGGCGUACGAACGGAGCUGAUCGCACUACAAGCCGAGUUCGAACAGAACGGAGCGUCGCCUCUAGGCAAAUCCGGGAGCUUCGCCGCCUCAUUCUCGUCAGCCCAACACACCAAGGGCGAAGAAGUGGCGGAGGUGAAGGAGCGCGAGGUGGGCAAGCCGCAAGUCGACCCUUUUUCGCACGAGGACGAUCUGCUGAUCGGCGAAGAGUCAGCCAAGCUGUUCAACUUCCACAGCUACGCCAUCCGUAACUUCUCGCAGCACACAUCAGGCGUGUUCCGCCGGAAGACUGUCACCGCCGGCCAAUUGCUCUGUUUCUCCAUGCAACCGCUCGCUGGCGCGCUCACGCGAACGGUGGGCGAGGACGAAAACAAAUCCAAGAUCGCCAUUGAAAUCUCGCGGAAGAUACUGUUGUGGAUGGAGAAAGAGGACCAUGCCGCUGCGCGAUAUGUGCUGUUGAAGGGGUUGGUAACGCGCGAAAUGCGUGAGGAGAUCUUCUGCCAGCUCCUUCGCAUGCUCUAUCGCAAUGGCGGAACGCACUUUGCGCUCAACAUCUGGAAGCUCAUCCUCUUCUGCUGCUCGACCUUCAGGCCACCGACGUCGUUCACGAAGUAUCUGCUGUCGUUCCUGUACAUGCACUGCUCGGCCGAAGUGCGCGAAGAGGAGAACAGACUGAUCGCGAGCGCCAACAAGUCGCGGAAGAAGGAGAAGGAGAGGCGUCUCGAUCUCGCCCACGAGCCCAAGAAGUUCGACGAUCGCACCAUCAUGUUCCCGCUCUACGGCAACAGGGACGUGAGCACCCUGGCUGCCUUCACCCUCAAAGCGCUGCGACGCACGUUCCAGAAGGGCGACCGGCGGAUGGUGCCCUCCGUGACCGAGCUCGAAGCACUAGGGCAAAUGGAGAAGAUCGUGUGCCGUUUCUGCAUGAUGGACGGUCGUACCUCGGCGUUCUACGUCGACGCUGCCACCACAGUGUCCGAUGUGCUGGCGUCCAUGUGCGAGCGCAUACGAAUCACCAACGCCCACGGGUGGUCGCUCCUCGUCACGUACAACGACCAUACCUAUAAACUGCUGCGGCCGAACGACCGACUCGUGGACAUACUGGCCACGUAUGAGGAGCUCAAAAAGUCGAUGAAGUUGAGCAAGAACAUCCAUAUCAUCGAUGUCGAUGUCCAGUUCGUCCUUAAGAAGCUGUUCUUCUUCGAGGGUCCACCCGAGCGUCGCGACGACAUCGAAAUCAACCUGCUCUGCUGGCAGGCGCAGAACGACUUGCGCUGCGGUCGACUCUGGUGCAGCUUGGCUCAGACCUCCAAGUUUGCAGCCAUUCAACUGCAGUAUCAAGUGGGCGAUCACGACCCCAAGCUCAACAUCACCGAAAUGCUGCACGUGCCCCCAACUCGAUUGUUCGUCUCCCAACUCACCCAGUAA